AUGAAGCACGCAGGCCCACUCGAUCGCGCCACGCGCCCGACAGACCAGGGCACUGACGAGCCCUCCGAAGCCACUCCGAACCCAAAGCCCCGCAAACAAAAGCGAAACGCGCGCGCCGUCUCCCCCGAGAGCCCCACGCGCUCCAUUCUCCACCGCCGCUCCGCGUCCCCCUCCAAACCGACUUCGCCGGCCAGGCACGUCCUCUUCCAGUCUCCUCCCCCCGUACGCGACGUCAACGCGGACAAUAUACCCCCACUGUCUCUCGCGGUGACCCGCACUCGCCAGCGCACCUCGUCUCGCGCGCGCUCGGCGACGCCUAUACCCCACUAUGAACCCCCGACCGAGCGCUUCACUCCCCCGCGCGAGGUGCUCAUGACACCGUCGCCGUCCAAGGCCAGAGUCUCCAAGUCCAGCAAGCGCAAGUCCGUCGCGGGCAGAGACGCCCUGAAGCUUCUGAUCAAGAAAGAACCGCCCGACAUCGACCUCAGCAAGCCCCCGCCUCCACCGUCGCCAUCGGACGACCCCCUCCUGCUGCGCGGGAGACCGCGCAGGCAGAAGAUGCAGGUGAGGGUGAUGACGCCUACGAUCAUGAACACGCGCGACACGCCGUCCAUGGCGUCCACCUCGCCCCCCGACGCUACAUUUCGCGUCUCCUCUCCUCUGGCAGACAAAAACAGCCCUAUUGAUCUGACCCUCCAGUCGGGCGACGAAUCCGACAUGCUUCCGGCGCCGCCAGUGUUCGACUUUAUGGGCGCGGAUGGGGCCGACGACGGUUGGAGCUCGGGUGAGGAGGGCGGUCAGGAGCAGCAAGCGCAGGACGAGUGGGAGGAAUCGGGGGAAUUUACGGGCAAGUUUACGACGGUGAGCGUGCCGACCAAGGCAGAUCCCCCGACGAGCGCGACGAGGGAGAGGAUCGAGCACUGGGGAAGGCCGAAGAGUCCCCAUCCGCUGAAAAAGAAGGGGGGAUUGUCGUUUGUAGAAGAAGGUGAGGAAGAAGAAGGGACAUUGGGAGACGAAGAGAUGGACGAGGAGAUGGGGAGAGAGUUUGAGACUGAGAUUGAGCCUGGGUCGGCGGCGGGACCGUUGGGGACGGAUCAAGAGCAGGAUGUCAAUCGGGCGGCAGAAACAGGAAAUGGGCAGGGAAGUAGCGGAGCGAGGGCCGAUAAGGAGGACGACAUGGAGCAGGAACAACCGUCGUUCGCGGACGAAGGCCCCCCACCACCUGACGAACCCAGCGAAUCUCCGGAACGCCAUAGUCCUGAGCCUGAUGUGGAAGACGAGUCGCUAGAACGCCGUAGUUCUGAACCUCACGACGAAACGGUCGAGGCCGUGGCUCCCCCGUCACCCGUUAUUGGAGCGGGGGAGGAUGAAAAUGUCGAAGAGCCGGGAUCCAUGAACUUGGAGGACUCAGAGCAAAAUGAGCCACAUCCGAUGGAUCUGGACGUGUCGCAGGAGUACUCCGUGUAUACCUCUGCUGGGGAUGUCGAACCACCGAUAGAGGAGACGCAUGAUCAUGAAAUUCCUUUUAUCGCGAAGGCAGAGUUGAGCUUCGAGGAGGCGGUCCCCGAAGAAUAUCCUGCAGAGGUUGGUGAUGUCGCAGCACCUCAAGAUAUCUCUGUUCAACCGGUGCAGCAAGAGUCACUCCUAGAGGAGGACGAUCCAUCGCAAUAUUUCGAGCGUGAACUAUCCUACAUUAGCAACCCAGAGGAGAGGGUGCAACCCCUCGUUCAGCCUGAAAGAUCGCUGGAUGUGGAGAUGGAGGAGGAGGAGGAGGAGGAGGAGGAGGCUGUGAUUGAUCGACACCUCUCUUCUGAACCAGGUUUGAUUGACGAUGAUUUGUCUAGGGAAGCCGAGCCAGAUGAGGAUGAAGACAUGAUCUACACAGACGAUGAAGCUGAGGAACGGAGCGAGGAUGAAGAAGAGGAAGACGAGGAAGGGGACCCGAGCGUCGUGAAGAUUGUUAGUGAUAACCCAUGGGCGGCUGCUCGCGCUGCUGCCAUUCUCAAAUCGCAUGACUAUGACAUGAUUGUCAAGGACGUGAACAGCGCCCGUCGCUCACCUCGGACCGUUCAGUCUCUGAUGAAGGACGCACGUCGCGCGGACGCUUCCGCCUCGGGUGUCAGCAAAUCAGUCUCGCCUGCCCGUGGAAUGGGGCGAGGGUUCACGCCCAGCAGUCCGUCCAUGACGCUGCCAGAGCUGCUAGAUCCCCUCGAGGCAGAGCCACCCUUGACGGGAACGCCGAGGAGAUCCGCAGGAGCCAUGCACCCGUUCCGAACGCCUUCACCGGCGACCUUUGCACCCCAUACGCCCGAGCCGGGCCUCCAUAUCGAUACAGACGGCCCGAGGGACUGGUCUCGAAGCGAUUGGAAGUUACUUGACGCAUGCUUCACGGACGAGCGGCUCGAGGUCGGCCAACGCAUGGCGGUAGACGGCGAGAGCGGGGUACUGGGGGAUGUCGAUCGGGUGGAUCUGAAUAACGUCGUCGAUCGGUUCGUCGCACUUCUAGGAGGUGCAGACGUCAUUGCGCGUCUCGGUUCCGCAUGGACUCGCGAUGAUCUGCUCAAACGAGCGAAAGCACUGCAAAGUAAGCAGCGCGCUGGGAACGUGGCGCCGCCGACGCCGACGCUGCGCCAGCCGCCCGUUUCAUCGACCACGCCUUCCGUGCCAGACUUUACCCCGCUCAACCGUGGCCGUUUCGUCUGGUCUUCGAAUCGUCAAAAGUUGGCGGCUCCUACGUUCGCUUCGCGCCUCGACAAGCCACCACUGCCCCCAUCUUUAUUGGGCCCCCGCUAUUCACAUCUCAUGGAAGAGGCGAGAUCCGUCAGCCGAUCUUCAGACGACGGGUCGAGUGUGAUGAACAAUGAUGACGCUGAGCUUCCGAUAGAUUCAGAUGAACCAUCAGUUGCGUCCAAAAGUACAUACGGAGAGGAACCGCGAGCUGCACCGGCACCGCCAGGUAUCGGCAGCCGUGUCAAGGGGUUCUUCUUCUCCUACCUUCCGACCCUGUCCAAGACUAAACCGCCGCCGAAUGCUCCUUCGAGCUCGCGGCCCGGGCUUCCUCUUCCCCCUCCUGAGAUGCUAGAGAAACCACGCGCGCCCAUCUCGACGCCCAUGAGCAAACCGCCGCCCAAACCCUCCCACCCUAAGGAGCUUGUUAAUCUGCAGCCCGCACCGCCGCCUCCGUCGAAGAUACCCCGCCUACAGACGAGGCCACGGCGCCUCGUGGAUCUUCGGCCCGUGACGUCUAUACCGGAGCCGUCGCAGCCCAUCCGUAUUCCCAAUGGGCCGAGAAGCAGCGGGGGAAGCGUGAAGGAUCUGGUGAGGAGUUUUGAGGAGAUGGACAACAGCUCGUCGUCGAUUGGGCGACCUAGUUCGCAGAUGUCGAUGCGAAGCCAGACGGGCACGAUUGAGACGAAGGGGGGUAAACCGGCCUGGAAGCCGUGA